GUUAAGUGGUUUUGAGGUAUAUAUUAUUUCGUGAAAAUAAUCGAUACGAAAUUGAUCGGUUCAAUUCAUAUUUAUACAAUAACUAUUAAAUUAUGGCAGAAAUCGAAUGGCCGUGGCAAUAUAGUUUUCCUCCAUUUUUUACUCUCCAACCACAUGCAGAUACAAAAGCUAAACAAUUGGCAGCAUGGAAGAGUUUAGUAUUAGAAUAUUAUCGGAUCACAAAACAGGCAAUUGUAGAUAUACGAGAAGUUCAUUCAAGUCCUCUUUUUAAUAACAGUGCAAUCAACCGAAAACUACCAUCAGAAGUAGUACUUAUAAUAUUAGAAGAAUUAAGCAAAACAGGAAAUGCUAUGCCAUUAGAUAAGACAAAACAAAGAUGGUUAGUUUAUUGGCACACAUUAGAAGAAUGGGGUGAUAUAAUAUAUAACUGGGUACAAGAAACUGGACAUGUCGGAUCUGUAUGUACUUUCUACGAAUUAACGCAAGGAGAAGACAUAGUUGAUCAAGAAUUUUAUAAACUUGAUAUGGAAGUAUUGAUAAGAUCUCUUAGAACUCUUGAGUAUGCUAAAAAGGCCGAAUUGAUCAUGUUUGAUGAUAAUCAGGGAGUUAAAUUUUUUUGAUCGCAUAUUUAUUAUCCAAAAAAUAAACAUAUAAAAAGAUUCAAUGUUA